ACCGGUUAUUUUGACACAGACAACAUAUGCCGCGUUAGGACUCCUGAGCGAUGCUUCGCUCAUGCCAAGACACCCUUGGUGCUCGGUACGCCCGCAGUGGCAUCGUGCUUAACGGCAGUACGCAGCGCGACGGCUAGCGCCUUGAAGGACGCUUCGGCGCGGUGGUGGUCGUUGCGGCCGCGGAGCACAUCCACGUGCAGGGUCAGACGCGCAGCGCUGGCAAACGACUCGAAGAAGUGCGUGAUCAUCUCGCACGACAGCUCGCCCACGCUCGGACGCACCAGCUGCAGGUUGAUCUCGCUGUGCGCACGACUCGAAAUAUCCACAAUAGCGCGGGACAGAGCCUCGUCCAGUGGCACACAGGCCGACCCGAAGCGAGCGAUACCGGCGCGGUCGCCCAGCGCGACGUCGAAGGCCUCGCCGAGCGUCAGCGCGCAGUCCUCCGUCGUGUGGUGGUCAUCGAUCCACGUAUCGCCCUUGCAGUCCAGCUCCAAGUCAAAGCGACUGUGCUUGGCCAGAGCCGUCAGCAUGUGGUCCAAGAAGCCAAUGCCAGAGCUCACCUUGGACUUGCCCGUGCCGUCCAGCGACAGCUUGACACUGAUAGACGUCUCCUUAGUCACUCGCGAGAUAUUAGCCUCACGAACGCCACUCUUCCCAUUAACAGUUGGGGCUUUACUCGCCGUCGGGACCGCCGGGACGAGGUCCAGCAGCUCUCCAAGUCCCGGAGUCAGCACAACCGAAGCUCCGACCUGUUCCAAUACCUUGCCAAUAGCCGCAGGCGUCUGCUCUAGGAUCGACUUGGCGUACGUCUGCGGGGUCAAGACUCCGUACGCAACAGCCCCAGCCUUGCGGCCAGCGAUGAUGUCGUCUACUGUGUCUCCCACCAUGGCGGCGUGACAGGCUUCGACGCUCAGCGCCUUGAGGGCCAGAAGAAUAGGCUCCGGUGACGGCUUAGGCGGACAGUCCUCCAUGCAGAUCUGCACGGGGAACAAGUCCUCGAUGCCGUGGGUGGUUAAGAACUUGGCGCAGUCUUUGCGAGGUCGUCCCGUGACCACCGCCAUGCCCUUCGGUAGACGACGGUGCAGUUCACGCAGCAAUCCCUUGGGCGUAAGCAGCGUCUCGAGCUCACACAGACCUGGUGUGUUGCCCACGCCUUGAUACAGAGCCUCGAAUUGAGCCGUGACGGCUUCUAGCGUCGGGGCAGAGCUGGCGCCGUUGAGCCCGUCGACGACCAGACGGUGCGUCAACUGCCAGUCAUUGUUGGCAUUGCCUGCUAGUUUGUGCUGAUCGAUGUCCUCGUGCGUGACGGACACGCCGAAGUGGCGCGCAGUGUCGAUGAUGGCCUGGCGGUAGGACUGGGACACCUCGGCCAGCACGCCGUCCAUGUCCAGCAGCAAAGCCUGCACGGGAGACGCCAUCGUUGUGGUGGUCUUUGGCAGAAUGGAUAAAGCGUGUUUGACGGAAACUGUACCUAUGUAUUGGUACACAUGGUUGGCCAAACAGACAUGUCAUAAAUGCAAAUAUAGACA